UCUGACGUACUCAUCACCUCAGCCAUAUCUGUAUUGCCUCCCUCCCCAUCCAAUCCGAUCCGCAUCGCAGCCAUCAACCGCCUGCCUCCUGUCCGUUCACCAUGAGCUCACCGGAGAACGAUCGCGUGCUGGAUAAUCUGUGGACAACCGAGGACGAGUCGUUCGAAGUGCAGAUGCCGGACUUCCAUUUUGAUUGGGGAUUGGAGAAAGGAAAAACCGCAGAUCAAGGAAUUAAGGCCCCUACGGCGUCCUUACGCUCUCUAUCCAUCAACGAAAUCACCCCACCCCUUCCUAGUGGCUCUUCAUCCACCUCUACCCCUCCUCAUUCCACCAUAUCGGCAAGAUCUUCAAUAUCUUCUGCCCAGAUAUUACCCAAAAGGGAUAUCUCUAAUGCGUCGUCAUCACCUCAUAUACCCACUCCUCCUGGAAGCAUCGCCAAUCCCGGCCAUCGAUCAUUAUCUGCUCAAAACUUCGCCAAUUCUGGAGGAAGUUCCGGCGGGGAGUCUAGCGGUGAACGGGGCAAAACUUAUGGUGGCCGCAAGUUCCAGCGCGUAGUGUCUGCCCCAAUAUCGCCCGAAAAUGGGACGGAUACGGAAGGAGUAGAAUUUCAAGUUUCAGGAAAUGUUUGCUCAAGAUCUGAAAGUAUAACCAAUCCACAUACUGCCACGAUACGCCCUCCGCAUACACAGCUACCGUCUGCACCACUUGUUGAUGCGUCGACAGUUGCGAGUCGUUCAAAUCUCGUAACGCCCGCUCUCCCCGAGCGCACUUUACCAUUUGCUAGGUCGACGGUGAGGCGUUUGGGCGGGCUUUCUAAAUUUGGUGGGCCUGCAAGACGUGUUAUAUUACCUCAGGGAAGUGAGGAUGUCCAGGUUCAGGAAAGUGGGGAUGUCAAUGAGCUGCAAGGAAGGCACAGCUCUGCCCCAAUCAAUCCCCCACCCCAAGGGCCCCCGGACGUUUAUUGUUCAUCGGAUCAAGCAAUCGUUUCCCCAACUGCGACAGCCGGAUGCGAAAGUCGGUUGACGAACAUAUCACAUCCAGACGAUCGACCAGUAAAACCAGCGCGCAAACCGGUAAACCAAAGCGUACAUGAAAUAAAUGAAUCAAUUCACGAGCCGAUGGCUUUAGCUACUCAAUCGCAAGCGGAACAUGGGGUAUCACGUACAUCGGCGGCCGUACCUUCAGAAGGAGAGGACAGACUAUUUCGGCCUUUCGGUAAACUGGAAGAAACUCUGCGACCUGUCGCUGGUCCCUCGAAGGCGUCAGGCCUCAUGUAUAUGGACUCUUUGCCAGAAACAGGGCCGGAAGUUCGGGGCAUUCAGAUUAACAACCCGCGUUCGUCUGAUGUCGGAAAACCAGCCAGUCCUCCCUAUCGCAACCUUCGUGCUGCCCGCCCGCCACCGGUCGCUGAGUCACGCAGAAAUGCCCCGAUGGUAUCAACUGCUACCGUUGUUAAUGCACCUGCGUCUCAUCCUGCGAUGCCAUCAGAGAUAUUGCAACCCCAGCCUACUCAAAGCGCUCCGCAAGGCAAAACUUUAUUUCAUGUGAACGGAGUCCCAUACGAAAGAUUACAACGCUUGGGAAAGGGCGGCUCGUCGACUGUUUAUUCUGUCCUUUAUUCGGGUCCUAAAAAAAGAAUCAUCUAUGCUCUUAAGGUAGUACAACUCGACCGUGCGGACUCCGAAACAUAUCAAAGCUACACAAACGAAAUCGAGCUUUUGAAGCGUCUCCGUGGACACGAUCGUGUUAUUCAGCUCAUCGAUCAUCAAAUAACCUUCAACCAACAUAAUCGCCCUCAUCGUUUGCUGAUGGUCAUGGAAUGCGGCGAGAUUGAUUUUGCAGCGUUGCUAGAUGAGCAACGGGGGAAAGCAAUUAAUAUGAACUUUGUCGGUUUAUAUUGGGAGCAAAUGCUUGAAGCUGUCCAAGCCGUCCACCGCGAGAAUGUUGUUCAUACAGAUUUGAAACCGGCGAACUUUGUUCUCGUGAAGGGGCGGUUGAAAAUCAUUGAUUUUGGCAUUGCAAAAGCAAUAGCAAAUGACACUGUCAAUAUUCAGCGCGAUCAGCAAAUUGGCACCGUAAACUACAUGUCACCUGAGGCUAUUCAAAGAAUGAACAAUCAGAAGGUAUUGAAGUUAUCCUAUCCCAGCGAUGUUUGGUCACUUGGUUGUAUCCUUUACCAAAUGAUUUAUGGUAGCCCCCCCUUUCAACAUGUUAGUGGAGGACCACUGGCGAAAAUGGGUGUGAUCGCAGAUCCCAACCACGUCGUCACAUAUCCAGAAGUGGCUGUACCCAAGGCAGCAGUUGGAUUCAGUCUUGAUGGUCAUCCUACAGACCCCGCAAGUCUAUCAGUCCCUGUCAGCCCGUCCGCCAUUGAUUCAAUGAAGCGAUGCCUAGCAUAUCGCAAAGAGCAUCGACUGACAAUACCUGAAUUAUUGCAACAUGAGUUUCUAAAGCCAAGAAUAAGAGCUCCAGCUGUUCCUCCAGGAUCUACUCCAAUAACACAAUAUCAGAUGGAGCGACUGGUCAACUUUAUACUAUCGGAGAAUGGCCUACCGGAACUGUCAGAAGGCAAUCAUACAGCUGAGGAUCUAUUCUCUCAGUUGGAAGCUCAAAACGCACUGUCUAGAUGAUUGGUCCCGUCCUACUGACCCUUUUCACCUCAGCUGCGGCUGCGGUAACAGGCGUCGCAUCUAACUUAUUUUUCAUCCCAUCUGCACCGUUGUAAAUUCCGGAUCACUCACUUGGACUGUAGUACAUUAUUCUUCCCGUAUUCUUCUGGCGGUUUUGUGGCAUUAUUGUGCAUUGGACAUAUAGUAGUUAACCACGUCUUGUCUGCUUAUGCAUGGCAUCAUAAUGAUGUCAAGAUCCACA